AUGAAAGUAGACGGUGUCAUCGUGCACGUGUUGAAUGUAAACAAACGUUUACCUGUAAACAGUAUAAAAACCACCUCCACUACAAUAACCAUCAACACCACUACUAAUACCACCAAUACCACUAACACUACCACAAACACCACUACUAGUGCUGCUACUACUACUAUCACCAAUAUAACCACCACCACCCCCACUACCACUUCCAUCACCAACACCACUACUACAAAUACCAACACCACCACUACCACUACCACCACCACCACCACCACCACUAAAACCACUACUACCAUCACUACCAUAACCGCCAUCACAGCUACUACUACCACUACCACCACCAACACUACAACAGCCACCACCACCACCACUACCACUACUACCGCCAUCAAUACUACGACGACGACAACGACCACCACUACCACUACCAUUACCACCACCACCACUACCACUUCCACCACCAACACCACUACUACAAACACCACCACCAGCACUACCACUACUACUUCCACCAGCACUACCACUACCUCAACCAACACCACCGCCACCGCUACCACCACUACCACUUCCACCACCAACACCACUACUACAAACACCACCACCACCACUAUUACUACCACUACUACUACCAUUACCACUACCACUACCACUACCACCACCACCACCACUACCAUUACCACCACUACCAUUUCCAUCACCAACACCAACACCACCACUACCACUUCCACCACCAACACUACUACUACAAACACCACCACCACCACUACCACUACCACCAAUGAGUAUAAAACAUCUUACAUUUAUCAGUAUAACAUCAGUGUUCGGUAG